AUGGCUGGCUGCAAUCACUCACUUGCUGUCUUGAGGCGGCACCCUGGGCUGUACCCUCUCUAUUCCCUAGCACCUUGGCCCUGGAGGAGGCUGCGUGGCAAGAGGCGGUCGGUGUUGGCAUUCUGCCUCUUGAUGACCCUGUCUGCGGUGGCUGUCACCCGCUUCCCCCCACUGCAUCCAGCUGCCGGCCCAGACCCUGGCUCCACAGAACCCCAAGACAUAGCCAGCAGCCCCAUCCACCCUCUGUGGCAGGCUCCGAGCUCCAGCCAGAGGCAGCGGGCGAGACCUCCGGGACUCUGGAGAGGACGGGUUUUGUCCAGGAAAUCCAGCUCAGUGUGUGCGGAGGAGCAAGAGCACAGAGCACGGCGAGCAGACAGAGAUGGGCAGCCUCCUGGAGGCGACAGCAGACGUGCAGGCAGGCUCAAGAGGGAUGUUGGCUCGGCAGAUAUGAGACUCACUGCCCCACGUCUCGUGCCCCCGAGGGAGGAUGAGGUCAGUGAUCCUGGAGCCCAGGACCCAGGUCACCCCCAGGACAGAGACCACAUCUGGGAUGGACCAGGAGGAGCCAGCAUCCAGGUGGGCCCACUGACUACAGACGGCACUGUGGCAGCUGCUUUUCAGGCCUGGGAAGCUAAUGCUGGACUGACCGUCCAACCCCAGGCAGCACAAGGCAAGAAACCCCCAGGAGCUAAGGACAGACUCUCUACUGGUGGGCAACAGACAGCAGCAGGUCCUGCCCCAGCCUCAGGGGCUCAGGAGUGGCCCGGCUCCACUGGGGAGUGGCAAGCGACUGUGUGGUGUGACGCCAAGCCAUCGGGGAUGCCAACCGGCUCCGUGAGCAGUGGGCAGGUGCCUCCGUGGCUCACAGAAAGUGAUAUGCAGAUCCUUCGCUUAUUGGCCCAGGGGCAGGUGGUGGGCAAAGCCAGGGUCCCCGGCCACGGGCAGGUGCUGCAGGUCGGCUUCUCCAUGGAGGAUGCCCUGCCGGGGGACCCGGCCCCUCCCAGGCUUGGCCAUCUCUGCUCCCAGGGAUUCUGUGGCCUGAUCAAGAGGCCCGGGGACCUGCCCGAGGUCUUGAGCUUCCACCUGGACCGUGUACUGGGUCUGUGCCGGAGCCUGCCUGCUCUGGCCCGCCGCUUCCACAGCCCCCUGCUGCCCUACCGCUACACUGACGGAGGUGCCAGACCAGUCAUCUGGUGGGCCCCUGACAUUCAGCACCUGGGGGACCCGGAUGAGGACCAGAACUCACUGGCUUUGGGUUGGCUGCAGUACCAGACCCUGCUUGCACAUGGCUGUGGCAGGCCAGGCCAGGCCCCUUGCCUGGGCAUCCACCAUAAUGAGUGGGCACGCUUGGCACUCUUCGACUUCCUGCUGCAGGUGCACGACCGCCUGGAUCGCUACUGCUGCGGCUUCGAGCCUGAGCCCUCAGACCCCUGUGUGCAAGAGCGGCUCCGAGAGAAAUGCCGGAAUCCGGCCGAGCUGCGGCUCGUCCACGUCCUGGUCCGGCGCAGCAACCCAUCUCGUCUGGUCUACAUUGAUAAUGCUGCCAACCUGCAGCACCCCGAGGGCAAGCUGAACUUCCGGCUGCUGGAGGGCAUCAACGGGUUCCCCGAGUCUGCCGUGAAGGUUCUGGCAUCAGGCUGUCUCUCAAGUCUACUGCUCAGGUCACUGCAGGUGGAUCCAGUGUUCUGGGAGAGCCACGGCAGGGGCCCCGGGCUGAAGAAGGUCCUGCAGACGCUGGAGCGCCGAGGGCAGGCCCUGUUGGCACACAUCCAGAAGCACAACCUCACACUCUUCAGGGACAGGGACCUAUGA